AUGAGUCGGAAUGAUCUAGUGAAGUGUUUGUCCCACCUCCCAGAACCUAAAGUGAGGCUGCUGCCAGUGGUCAAAGCCUCCAACAAAGCUCUACUGACUGACUGUAACCUCUCAAAGAGAAGCUGUGCAGCUCUGUCCUCAGUUCUCAGCUCCCAGUCCUCUAGUCUGAGAGAUCUGGACCUGAGUAACAACAACCUGCAGGAUUCAGGAGUGAAGCAGCUUUCUGCUGGACUGGAGAGUCCACACUGUGAACUGGAAACUCUCAGUCUGUCAGGAUGUCUGAUCACAGAGGAAGGCUGUGCUUCUCUGGCCUCAGCUCUGCGGUCCAACCCCUCCCAUCUGAGAGAGCUGGACCUGAGCUACAAUCAUCCAGGAGACUCAGGAGAGAAGAUCCUGUCUGCUGGACUGGAGGAUCCACACUGGAGACUGGACCCAAACACAAUGUACAGAAGACUCAAACUGUCUGAUAACAACAGGAAGGUGACAUGGGUGGAGGAGGUUCAGUCAUAUCCUGAUCAUCCAGACAGAUUUGACACCUGUUCUCAGCUGCUGUGUAGAAAUGAUCUGACUGGUCGCUGUUACUGGGAGGUCGAGAGGAGAGGAAACGUUUUCAUAUCAGUGAGUUACAGAAGAAUAAGCAGGAAAGGAUUCAGUGAAGACUGUAUGUUUGGAUGGAAUGAUCAGUCCUGGAGUCUGUUCUGCUCUGAUGAUGGUUACUCUGCCUGGCACAAUGACAGACAAACACCCAUCUCCUCCUCUGUCUCUAAGAGAGUAGCAGUGUAUGUGGACUGUCCUGCUGGCACUCUGUCCUUCUACAGAGUCUCCUCUGACACACUGAUCCACCUCCACACCUUCAACACCACAUUCACUGAACCUCUGUGUGCUGGGUUUGGGUCUGGUUGGUAUGGUUCCUCAGUGUCUCUGUGUGGUUUGUAGGAAGGAGAGUCUCCUCCUGUCAGAGAAAGGUUCUCAUGUUAUUUAGUACCAACCUGAUCUCUCACUGGUUGUAAAUAGAGUUUGUAAAGCCAACAUGGUUUCCACAUGACUGACAGUUAGUUAGUCAGUCACAUAUAUCCACAUUUAAAAAGCUGUAAAACAGAAGCUGAUUUUCUCAGAGCAGAUAUCUCAGUCUGUUAGAGGACUGUUUGGAGGUUGGGAGGUGGUGGCUUUGAUCCUUAUGAGUCUCAGUCAAUGUUCAAGUCCAACACCCAAAGUGAAACUCAGAAGCUCUCAGAGAGAAAACCACCAGCGGCUCAAAGUUUACUGAAACGUCAAGUUGUGAGCGAGCUUUUUAAACAUGUUGGAAGAGUUUAGCCACUAACUAUAACACACAUAAUGACAGGAAGUAUCUGCUGGCCUAUAGAGGAACUUUGUUCUUUCUCCUCUUAUUUGCUUUUUUGGCUUCUUGUUCAAUGACUUGUUUUUUGAAUCAUAUAGUGGAUUCAGAAACCAACAUGUUUUUAUGUGUGUCUCUACUGGAUGUGCAUGUACAGCUGUCAAUCAACAUGAUGAUUCAUCCAUUCAUCCAUUCAUAGUUGUGUCUCUAAAAUGUCAGGAAAUAGUGUAAAUAGUGUGAAAUGCUGGUUGUAAUUGGACAGAGUCAAAGGCAGCGUCUUUAAAUGUCUCAUUUAGUCUGAACUAAAGUCCACA